AGUACAUAUGUAAAUAUGGAUAGUACUUUGAAAUGCCGCAGCAGAGUCACUUUAAAGACUUUUAAUCGCUGGGAGUUUGCAAAGGAAUUUCAAAUUGAAACCAUUACAGAAGAAGAAAAUACUUAUGUAGUUAAAAUGAAAUGUAAUUUAUGUGCUCUUCAUAGAAAUACUAUUUUAUUAAGAAUUAGUGGAGCAGUCAAGGCAGCUGCCUUGCUAUUUAUAAAUGGUACGAGUCAUAUUAAAAAAGAUAGCGCUAGUAGACAUAUAAAAGGAGCGACUCACCAAUAUGCAAUGCAUUUGGAAAAUGAAGAUUUUGACAAAUAUAAAGAUGGAACAAAAAAUGAUAUUGACAUGAAUAUUGAUAGCGUUGUUCCAAUGAAGAACAAAAGACUCUCUGUUGAGAGGAUUUAUCAAAAAAAAUCUCAGUUAGAGCAUAUAAUUUUGCGUCCUGAUUCAUACAUUGGAUCUACAGAACCAUGCCAACAAAGUAUGUGGGUUUGGGAUGAUGAAAGCAGUUCUAUUAUUUCAAAGAAUAUUACAUUCUCUCCAGGGUUAUACAAAAUUUUUGAUGAAAUCAUUGUAAACGCAGCUGACAAUAAGCAACGUGAUGUUAAAAUGAAUACAAUCAAAGUUAAUAUAGAUGUUGAAAAAAAUAUUAUAAGUGUCUGGAAUAAUGGCCGUGGUAUUCCAGUAGAAAUGCAUAAAGAGCAGAAUGUAUAUGUUCCCACACUAAUCUUUGGCCAUUUGCUGACUUCAAGCAACUAUGAUGAUACUGAAAAAAAAGUUGUUGGAGGAAGAAAUGGUUUUGGAGCUAAGUUAUGUAAUAUUUUUAGCACUAAAUUUUCUAUUGAAACUGGAUGUGAUGGAAAAAAGUUUAAACAGGUAUGGAAGAACAAUAUGAGUAAAGCUGAGCCUGAACAUAUUGUAGAUUACUCAGGCAGUGAUUUCACUUGUGUAACAUUUUCACCAGAUUUACCUAAGUUCAAAAUGGAUAAACUAGACAAUGAUUUUGUUUCAUUGUUGAAGAGGCGUGCAUACGACAUGGCUGGAGUAUGCCGAGGAGUUUCUGUAUAUCUUAAUGGUGAAAAACUAAAAGUAAAAUCAUUUAAAGACUAUGUUGGAUUGUAUGUCAAGACUGCUUGCAAAACUGAAAAUGGGGAAGAACAAGGUCCGAAGAUUAUACAUGAAAUUGUUAAUCCACGAUGGGAGAUAUGUGUAACAGUUAGUGAGAGUGGGUUCCAACAUUCUAGCUUUGUAAACAGCAUUGCCACUACCAAGGGUGGAACUCAUGUCACGUACAUUGUUGAUCAACUAUGUGAUAAACUAAUUGCGACUGUUAAAAAAAAAACUGGUAAAGGUGGUUUUGAUAUCAAACCAUUUCAUGUUAAGUCUCAUCUUUGGGUGUUUGUUAACACUCUUAUUGAAAAUCCUACAUUUGAUUCGCAAACAAAAGAAAAUAUGACACUGCGAAAGUCUGCAUUUGGUUCAACUUGUGAACUUUCAGAUAAAUAUAUAAAAAUGGUGCAAGAUACUGGGGUCUUGGAAAAUAUUUUAUCUUGGGUAAAGUUUAAGAGUGAGGCACAACUCAAUAAAAAGGGAUCUUCUUCAAAACACAGCAGAUUAAAAGGUGUUCCUAAACUAGAAGAUGCAAAUGAUGCUGGCACAAAGAGGUCAAGAGAUUGUACACUUAUUGUUACUGAGGGAGACUCAGCUAAAGCCCUUGUUAUGGCAGGUUUAAGUGUAGUUGGGCGAGAUAAAUAUGGUGUCUUUCCUUUAAGAGGUAAACUGUUGAAUGUCAGAGAUGCUUCACAUUCUCAGAUUAUGAACAAUGCUGAAAUAGGAAGUUUAGUUAAGAUCAUUGGUUUGCAGUUUGGUAAAAAAUACGAGAAUGAGAAUGAUAUGAAAACAUUGCGUUAUGGACAUCUGAUGAUUAUGGCUGAUCAAGAUCAAGAUGGUUCUCAUAUUAAAGGUCUUGUCAUUAACUUUAUACAUGCAAAUUGGCCAGGCUUGUUGAAAAUUCCUUUUCUUGAAGAAUUUAUUACACCUAUUAUUAAGGCAUCAAAAAGUAAAAAGGAAACUAUUUCAUUUUUUUCCAUACCUGAGUUUGAAGAGUGGAAAGAAGCAACUCCAAAUUAUAAAUCAUGGCACAUAAAGUACUACAAAGGUUUGGGUAGUUCAACAAGUAUAGAAGGUAAAGAAUAUUUUUCAGAUAUGCAAAGACACAGAAUAGUUUUUGAGUAUGAUGGGCCCUCAUCUGAUGAAGCACUAAUUUUGGCAUUUAGUAAAAAAUGUGCAAAUGAAAGGAAAAAUUGGCUAGACAAUGGACUUGCUGAAAGAAAAUUACGACGAGAAGCAGGUCUACCUGAAGUUUAUCUUUAUGAAAAAGGAACUCGAACUGUAACAUACCAAGAUUUCAUUAAUAAAGAGCUUAUUCUUUUUUCAAAUACUGAUAAUGAACGCUCAAUUCCUUCACUUGUUGAUGGUUUCAAACCUGGUCAACGGAAAGUUUUGUUUACUUGUAUGAAAAGGAAUGACAAAAGAGAGGUUAAAGUUGCCCAACUUGCUGGUUCUGUUGCUGAACUAUCAGCAUAUCACCAUGGUGAAAUGAGUUUGAUGGGAACAAUAGUAAACUUAGCGCAAAACUUUGUAGGCAGUAAUAAUCUAAAUGUGCUGCUUCCAAUUGGUCAAUUUGGUACUCGACAUGUUGGUGGUAAAGAUAGUGCUUCUCCUCGUUACAUUUUUACAAUGAUGAGUUCAUUAACAAGACUUGUUUUCCCAGAAAAAGAUGAUGCGGUCCUAACUUACCUUUUUGAUGAUAACCAGAAAAUUGAGCCAGAAUGGUAUUGUCCUAUAAUUCCAAUGUGUCUUGUCAAUGGUGCUGAAGGUAUUGGAACUGGUUAUUCUACUAAAAUUCCAAAUUUUGACAUAAGAGAUAUUGUUGAAAAUGUAAAAAGAAUGAUUAAUGGUGAAGAACCACAGCCUAUGUUUCCUUCAUAUAAAGACUUUACUGGUGAAAUUGUGCAAGAAGGAGAUCAAAAGUUUAUAUGUCAAGGAACCAUAAAUAUUAUAGAUGAAACAACAAUCGAAAUAACAGAGCUUCCUGUCAGAACAUGGACUCAAGCUUAUAAAGAAACUGUUUUGGAUGUAUAUCUUUAUGGAAAUGAAAAAUCUCCACCAUGUAUAACAGAUUAUAAAGAGUAUCAUACAGAUUCAACUGUAAAAUUUGUUAUCACAAUGACACCUGAACAAAUGGUUAAAGCUGAGGAAGAGGGAUUGCAUAAAAAGUUCAAGUUGCUUUCAUCGAUAAAUUUAUCAUGCAUGGUUCUUUUUGAUGAGUUUGGAUGCAUAAAAAAGUAUGAAAGUCCAACAGAAAUUAUGAAAGCUUUUUUUAAUGUUCGAAUGGCUAAGUAUAAUGAGCGGAAAAAGUUUAUUUUGGGAAUGCUUGAAGCUGAAUGUUCAAAGUUGGAAAAUCAAGCAAGGUUUAUAUUGGAAAAAAUAGAAGGAAAAAUCAUAAUUGAAAAUCGCAGUAAACGUGAUGUAAUCACCACACUUGUUGAAAGAGGGUAUGUUUCUGACCCAGUUAAAGCAUGGAAAGCCGAAGUGGACAAAUCUGGUCAUUUAGAAGAUGAUAGUGAGGCACCUACAACAGAUGUAGCUAGCUCAUCUUCAUCACUAUCUGGACCAGAUUUUGCAUAUCUUCUGUCCAUGGCUAUCAUGAGCUUGUCUCGUGAGAAAAAAGAAGAGUUACUCAAUCAGAGAGAUGAAAAAAAAAAAGAACUCAAUGCGCUUAAACAAAAGACACCAUCUGAUUUGUGGACGGAUGAUCUCAAUAAGUUUUGUGAAGAACUUGAGAGGGUUGAAGAGCAAGAGAAAGAACUAAAUAGAGCUGUUGAUGCUCUUUCUAAUAAAAGUAAUAGUCGCUCUACUAAAGGUAAUAAAGCUAAAAAAGUCCCUGUUAAAAGUAAAGAUAUAGCAAAAGCUUUUGAGAAAAAAUCUGACACCAAAGUUUUGCCAGUAAAAGAUGCAUCUUCUAAUGUUAUUAAAAGUGAACCAAGUGAACAAAGUCAAGAAAAUGAUAAUGAAGAUAAAGGAGAGAUUUUAUCUCUUGCUGACAGACUUAAGAAAAAUAUCAGUGAAGGCAAAAAAAAACAAGCUCCGUUAUCUUUUAAACCUAGCAAGCCCAAAAAAGCAAAAUUUGUAGUUCAUAGUGACAGUGAUAAUGAAGAUGAUGAUGAUGAAUUUAAAAUUGAAGAUUUUUCCGGAGAGACAGAGUUUUCUGUUGAUCCACCAAAGCGAGAUACACGAAAAAAGGAAAUCAAGAAAUAUUUCGAUGAUUCUGAUAAUCCAAGUGAUAAUGAUAAUGUUUCUGAAGUUUCUCCAACUGUUUUACAAAGUAAAAACCUUAAUGUAUCAACUGAUUCUGAGAAUUCUGACGAGGCCCAAACACGUGCGUUAAUUCAAAAACUCUCUCCGGUGAAGAAAAAAACAUAUUCUGCUGAUAAAAAAAUUCAAUCUGUAGUUGAAGAUAAAGGGACCGAAAGCAAGCCAAUAUUGCUUAGUGAUUCUCCAUCUAAGAGUAAAAAAACAGAAAAAAAGAAACCUGACAAAAAGUUAGCAAAAAAAACCGAUGUUAAACAAUCUUUGAUAUCAUUUGGACCAAGUAUACCUACUGCAUCAGCAAAUCUGGAUUUAGAAAAAAAGGUUACUACAAAAACAAAGCCGACUGUAUCUAAAUCAGUAGCUAAGCGUCCACUUUCAGAAGAUGAAAGUGAUCCAUUAUCACCUAAAACGAAAAAAUCUAAAAAAAAAAAUAACAUAAAACCAAAGCAAGAUGAAGACAAGCCACCGAAAUCAAACAAACCAAAACCAGCAAAGACAGUAAUAAAAGCUUUACCUAAAAAAACCAAAAAAUUGAACACUGAUAGUGAAGGCGAUGACGAUUCUUUUCGUUUGGACGAUAUACCGGCAGUUGCUCCGCGUUCUCGAGGUGCUGGUCGUGCUGCAUCUAAGAAAGUUGUAUAUAAGUUUAGUUCCGAUGAAGAUGACGAUGCAGAUGACGACUUUGCUGUUUAAGAUAACCUUUAGUUCGUUGGUAUCCUUUUCUGAUGGAAUCAUUUUUUGCACUUUUAGUAAUUUGAUGUUGACUAAAUCUAAUUAAUAUUUUAAAUGUAAAUAUCUUACUAGAAGAAAAUAUUUCUUUUAGAAAACUAA